AUGGCCGUCCCAGAUGCCUCGCCGGCUUUUCAAUUCCUAGUGUCCAGACGCAUCCCACCUGAGCUUGUCCUUAAAACCAUACAACAUCUACCAUUCGAAGACGGGAAGAGAAUUGCGAGCUUACGUUUGAUUCCCGGUAUCAAGGAUCUUGUCAAGACGUACGAGCACUCCAUCACCUCCUGGUUCAUGAAGAAAGAGCUGCGGCAUGCAUUAGUCGACUUCCCAUAUGGCGAGAAGUUUGGACUCAAAUGGCUCGCCGACUGCGUAUCAAGAUAUGAUGUAGUUGACGCAGUAAUGGACGAGUUGACAUGGCGGGAGAACUGCGUUGCAGUAGAGCCUCAUAAUGUCGCGGCGGUUAAUGCUGGGUUACUGUUGCUCUAUCGCCUCGCUUCGAUUCCCUUGUACCUCGCCCUUCAUCACGCUACUCUAACUGCACGCUACCACGGCCACGGGUGGAUCCACCAACGUACCUAUGGCCGCUUCAUGGACGCGAAUCAACUGUCUCUGCGCAACGAACUCGAGUUCUGUUUCGCUGAAGCCACUCUGUCCGUUGGGCCAGUUUUUCUAUAUGACAUGCUCGUCAAUCCCUCGGAUCCACAGGGCGAGAUCACAUUGUUGAACUUCUAUCAUGAGCACGGAACGCAUGAUUGGGAGUGGCCAUGUUGGGGUGUAGGCAAGGGCGAAUUCGAGCCACCGAGAACGCAAGGACCGCAAAGAGAGGACAAAGGGAGGAGUUUGUUCACGGGAAUGCUGGAGAGGAUGGCAGAGUUGGAGAAGUGCUCACUCGCAGAAGUCAGGUCGAGAAUAGAGGAGAAGACAGACGCCACCGAGCAUGACUUGGCAUUCUUGAGUCUUGAUGGGAAGGCGAAUGUGAUUCAGGGAUUGGAUGUGGAUUUUGAGUAG